AUGGCGGAGGAGAAGCAGAACGAAACGGCCCCAUCUGAUUCUGCUGGAUUGAAGAAGUCACGUUUAAAGAAGGCUCCAGAGCUACCUAUACUAGAGAGGCGCAACUGGCUGAUCCACUUGCACUAUGUCCGGAAAGAUUAUGAGGCAUGCAAGGUUGUAAUAAAGGAACAACUACAAGCUACCCAGGGAGUAUGUGAAUAUGCAGUGUAUGUGCAAGCCUUGAUCCUCAGACUGGAAGGCCGGAUCCAGGAGUCUCUGGAGCUUUUUCAGACAUGUGCCAUCUUGAAUCCCACCAGUUCCGAAAACCUCAAACAAGUGGCACGCUCUUUGUUCUUACUUGGAAAGCACAGAGCAUCAGUUGAAGUGUACAACGAGGCAGCAAGACUCAACCCAAAGGACUGGGAGAUCUGCCAUAACCUGGGUGUCUGCUAUAUGUAUCUAAGAGAUCUGAGCAAGAGUAAGGAACAGCUGUUGCUUGCUCUGCAGUUACACAGACAAGAUCUCAGCUCCAUCACCUUGGGAAAAAUUCAUCUUUUAGAGGGAAACGCAGAAGCUGCAAUUCAGACAUACAUGCAAGCUCUGCAGCUGUCUCCGGAAAAUACAGAGCUGCUAACCACUUUGGGGUUGUUGUAUCUCCAGAAUGGCUUAUACCAGAAGGCUUUUGAAUAUCUUGGCAAUGCACUGACUUAUGAUCCCAGUAACUAUAAGGGUAUAUUAGCAGCUGGCUGUAUGAUGCAGUCUCAUGGGGAUUAUGAUGUGGCCCUUAGUAAAUAUCGAGUUGCUGCUUCCAGUGUCCCAGAAAGCUCCCCGCUGUGGAAUAACAUUGGCAUGUGCUUUUAUGGAAAGAAGAAAUAUGUGGCGGCCAUCAGCUGUCUAAAGCGUGCACUCUACCUAUCUCCUUUUGACUGGCGUGUUCUUUAUAACCUGGGUUUGGUACACCUUAGUAUGCAGCAGUAUGCAUCAGCUUUCCACUUUCUAAGUGCAGCAAUCUCUUUGCACCAUGGAAAUGCAGCCCUCUACAUGCUUCUGGCAGUGGCUCUAACACACCUUGAUGAUGCAGAGAAUGCAAAGAGCUCUUAUCAGCAGGCAGCUAGUCUUGACGAAUCAGACCCCUUGGUGAAUCUGAACUUUGCCGUGCUGCUAUAUAACCAGGGAGAUAAAAAAGGAGCUUUGAGCCAGUACCAAGAGCUUGAGCGCAAAGUCAAUAUUCUCAGAGAAACUGUAACAGAAUUUGACCCAGAGAUGGUAGAUAUGGCACAGAAGUUAGGAGCUGCCCUCCAAGUUGGGGAGAGUUUAGUUUGGACCAAGCAGACAAAAGAUCAAAAAACAAAGCAACGAGGUUCAGGGAAAACGUCUGGAGCAGAGCAGACCCCACUGGGGUCUAACCAGGCUCUGGGGAGAGCAAUGUCAUCAGCUGCAGGAUAUAGCAAAACCGAUGUCCUAUCUCCAGGGAUUAGCUGUCCUCCUGUUUCUAAAUUACCAUCUUUACCACUAGAACCAGAGGAUCUCACAAGUUCAGGAUCUGUUCCCUCAGACCAUAGGAAGGAUCCCAGCUAACAACCUUUAGGACACAAAUCAAUAAUAAAGACCUAAAGCAAGCUUAAAAGACAGAUUUCCAGGAAGAGUGAGAUCCACAGUUAGAAAAACUAAGACCUUGCUGUAGGUGUUUCCUGUGUAUGCAAGUUGGAAACAAAUAGAUUUAGACUGGUAUGGAGUUGGUAGAGAGCCUCACUGUUACAAGUUCUGGAAAUAGUUAUUUACAGAUAUUAGUUCUGUAAUGCUGUAGAAAUGUAAGCAAGCUACAACCAAAUUUCAUUCUAAAGAAUGCUUCUUCAGCAACAAAUUAUGACUGCAGAAAUUAGCAGGAUCUUUAUUUUAUCGUCAUCAAGAUAGUUAAGUAUAACUGAAGAAUUAUUUAAUUACAUAU